CUCUCUCUGUCUCUCUCUGUGUGUUUCACCCCCUGCCAGAUGGAUCAGGUGUCAGAUGAUGAGCUGGACCAUGGGGCGGAGGAGGACAGCGAUAAGGAGGACCAGGAUCUGGACAAGAUGUUCGGGGCCUGGCUGGGGGAGCUGGAUAAACUCACACAGAGCCUGGACGACGGGCGUCCCCAGAAGGCCGUGCAGAAGGCCCCUCUCAGGCAGGAGACCAACAUGGCCAACUUCUCCUACCGCUUCUCCAUGUACAACAUCAACGAGGCUCUGAACCAGGGCGAUGCCGUGGAUCUGGAUGCUCUGAUGGCCGACCUGUGCACCAUAGAGCAGGAGCUCAGCACCGUGGGCAAGCCCAGCGCCUCCCGCCAGGCCAAAGGUCACCAGAGGGGUCCGGCGGGGCGCGGCGGCAGCGCCAAGCAGGCCGGGGGCGGGGGGGGAGGCAGCAGCGGGGGCAGCUCCAGCAGCAGCACGCGGGCGUCGCCCGCCAACACGGUGCGCGGCGCCGGGGGCGGCGGCGGCGCCCACGGCCGCCCCCCGGCCUCCAACUUCUCCCUGGACGACAUCACCGCCCAGCUGGAGAAGGCCUCGCUCAGCAUGGACGAGGCGGCCCGCCAGACCUCCUCCUCUUCCUCCUCCUCGUCCUCCUCGUCCUACUCGUCCGCCACGCUGCGCCGGCCGUCGUCCGAGGCGUCGGGCGGGCAGCACCGGCGGGCGGGCUCGGUGGGCGCCGUCAGCGAGCACGAGGUGGCGUCCUCGCGCUCCAGCGUCAACUCCGCCUCGGCGUCCAGCAUGGACUCGCUGGACAUCGACAAGGUGCUGCGGGGGGGAGGGGCCGAGCAGGACCCCGCCCACGCCGCUCAGGGACAAACCAGCACAGAGCAUGACUCACUCCGACGAGCCAGUGGUACGCCAGCCAGGCGGCAGCUAGACUUUACCUCAUUGGAGGCUGAAGUGGAUCUGGGAACUCACUCGUAUCUGGACAGGGAAACGUCCCUGAUUCUGAAAAGCAUUGCGGGAAAGCCCUCUCACCUGCUGACCAAGGUGACGCCUCGUUCGCUUGCCCUGCUUCCGAGCGCCCCCCCAGCACCUGCACGCUGUCCUAACCCCACGCUGUACUACACUGGCUUGAUUGUUCACCUUCCCACUUUCAUCUCCUCUCUCUCUUUCUCUCUCUCUCUCUCUCUAUUGCACGCUUUCUCUCUGUGUCUCUCUACCACUCUCUCUCGCUCCAUGUUUGUCUUUCACUUGCAUGCGACACCUGUUCUCAUUGUUUGGCAUCGAUUCCCCCUGCCCCUCGGUCCCCCCUGCCCCUCGGUUCCUCGGGGUGUGUGAGGUCAGCUGGAGGUGAACUCCUGCUCUGUGUCUGCAGUACUGUUCCACAGCACGCAGGGUUCUAAGCUGUGUUGAGACUCCAUACACACAGGCUCUGUCCACACCCCGGGGCAUGGCUGCAUGCGGCAGUUUGAGUCUGGUCAACACCUGCCGUGAUCUCACGAGAACACGUGUGAACUGUCGUGUGGUUUUUCUAUGUGAGAGGCUAGUACUUUAGCCUAAUUAGGGCCCUGAGGUUGUCUUGACUGUGUCCUGAUUGGUGUCUUUGGGUCACAUGGUGAGGAUACCCUCGGGCCCUGUUGGCUAGGUAGCGGUCUCCAGGUAGAUUUUGUUCAAAGACCAACAGGAGCCUAGUCAUGUUGGGCCAAGGGGAAAUGUCCCGAGGGGAAACAAGUUAUUGGGGUUACGAGAUAAUUGAGCCAAAUAAUCUGAUGUUGUUUACCCGAAAAAUGCCUGGUCAGCAAGGCCCAAUCCUCUUUAGCUUAGAAACAUGAGCAGAUCUCCCCCUCUCUGCCCCCUCAAUUCACUCUGUAGCUCCAUCUCUCUUUCUGCCCCUGCCCCCCCUCCCAUAUGUCUAAUCCCUCUUUCCUGUUUCUCUCCCCCUCCUCUCCCUCCCCCAGAAGUGU